AUGGCUUCCGCAAGUUGGGCUGAGUCGGUCAAUCGUGCGAUGGAGGGUGAGGAGUCCGAGGUUUCUGCUAUUGAUCCCAUGCUGCUUGGGGGAGUGAGUGACGACCCUAAGGAGCCGGAGUAUGACCAGGGACUGCCGACGCAGGCACCAUCAGAUCCCGCCAUGGAGGAUGAGCAAGUUGACCGUAGGCCCCUACAAGAACGCCAAGCUCCCGCUCCGGUAGCCAGACUUUUACCACAGUCUCCAGGGCACAGUGAGUUGUCUCGCAUGGAAAAGGGAGCACACUGGGAGAUUGAUGAUGAGGAGCUGGUGCCGGACUACAACAGGAUGUUGCCUCGGGGGGUAGAAAGUGGACCGUGUGAUCGGCGGAACGAUCAGAGCUUGCUGCCCACCAACGCCAUGGAUGUGGACCGGGAUGAUCGCGUGCCCCAGUUGGCAGCUGGGGGGUCCGGAGGUCGUGUGACCAAUCCAGCGCCCGCUCCGGUCACGUCUGGGGGGAUUCCGGUUGAGGUGUCUCUUUUGCAAGCAAACGUGGGCCAGUUGGUGCAGCAACAGGUAAGCAACAUCGUGCAAGCGCAGAUGGCCCCCUUGUUCACGCAGCUCUUUGAUCGGUUGGAGGCCAUGGAGGCUAGACAGAGCCGUCUUGAUGAGCGAGCCAGGGUUGCCCAACAGGCCUCAACUGAAGCAGAUGCGCGUGCUCUUGCUGGAAACUUCGCUGCCAGUGUAAGAAUUAGUGCUUCGCAGGGUGAUGGUGGCCAUCAUGGAACAACGGCAGCGCAGCGUGGUGAAGGGUCCUCUGCCUCAGUAGCUCGUGGUAGGAAGGCCGUGGAAACAUCAAGGAGCCACGGUAGAGAUGAGGCCUCAGCAGAUCCGUCAAAUGUUUCUGGGCACGCUGAUCAGGGCUCCGGCCUUGGGGAACAAACGGGGGUGGUGGAGGUUGCUGGAGUUCCACACGCCUGGCGUCUAACGUCGGAUGGAUUGCAGUUGCAACCCCUAAGCACUCGUAAGCCCAGCACAAUCGUGCAGCCUGGAAGUCAGAACAUCUUUGACGGAAGAGCUCACUCUCCUUUUGAGGCCACUGACUCUGGGAGCAAACUCGUGCGGUCUAGGAGUGCGAGCCCGGCUAAGAAGAGGGCCACGUCGGAGGGCAGGGCGCAAGACAUAAAGGGAUCUAGGGCACUGAGAGCCACCAUCUCAGAUCCUGUGCCAGUAAGGGCUCCUGUGUUUGAGGCUCCUGCUAGGAAUUCGCCUGAGUCUUUCGUGAACCCCUGUAAGCCCAGGAUUGUGUACCCGCUGUCACCAGGUGGAACUGAAAUCAAACCACCACCUGGAGGCCCGCCUCAUUCUCCCAUCCCGGAUGCGCAAGGACAGGGGACAGUCCUGAAGCAGGUGCCUUAUCCUUGGCCAGCACCAGGUGGGGCGUUGUGGGGAAGUAGUCCGCUCACAGCACCUCCAGGACUUUCGGAGGAAAUUCGAAUGGGUCAGGAGUGUAGCGGUAGCGCUCAGCCAGGUCCGGAGUACAAGAGUAGUGGCGGCGAUCCUCUCAUUCAGGGUCUUGGGUCCAGUGGCGAUGUGCCUGCGAAUCAGGGCUCCAGGAGCGGUGAUCAGGUAUCCAAGGGUCUUGAAUGGUUCUUUGACAGCAUGAAAAAGGCCCUCACGUCGUACGGGGAUGGGGAGGUCAGAGCAGAAGAGGUGAAAACCUCAUUGGCGGAGCUGCCAAAACUGGUGAUCAAUGAAGCGGAUAAGGACCUCUCUCCAUUGUUGGCAGGAGAUUGGCUCACACUAUCAGGACCGACCAUGCGCGACUUGAGUGCCACUAGCGUACAGUGGUGGGACCAGGUCCUUCAGGCAGCAACGGAUUACUAUCAAGCCUGGCUUCGCGCCACUCCGGAUGAACUGGUGUCCACUCAGAAGAUGACGUGCAUUGACGCAGUGGCUCUGGUUUACUGCACGUAUCAACCAGGGGGUCUUAAGGUUAGCAUCCCUGACCCAACCUUAUUGCUGGCAGGGCUGGACGGCUUGACUGCAAAGGCCUCAGAUCGGGCAGGCUCCGACAUCAGUGAAGAAGCACGCCAGAACAUGUUUAAGGAGGUAACGGCAGCCAUCAAGCAGUUGACAGCAUCAGCGCCCGCUGCGGCGAAGGAGCAUCAGCAUGUGUGCGCCCUCAAGAAUCCCCAGAUGAAGUUGUCGGUUGGAGGUGACUACCGCUUGGACGGAGGCUCUCAUGAAUGCUAUGCCAAGAUGUUUGAGGAUGAUUGCCUCCUUAUGCGCACCUUGCUGUUGAAGGCUGAUCCUGAGGCGUUGCGGGCAUUGGCUCCGCGUAAAGUUCGCACUUCCUUUGCAGACCAUGUUGCAGGUGGCCACGUCCCUUUUCGAGCCGACUGUCGACAUUGCCUAGAGGGACGUUUGAGAGCUAGACCCCAUAGACGUCAACCUGCUGCUGAGUCAUUUGUCCUGAGCUUGGACUUGAUGGGGCCUCACAGGGGUGGCAGGGAUGAAGUGCUUGAUGAGGUAAGGUAUGCUUUGGUAGCAGUCUACACGUUUCCGGAAACACUGGGUGUUGGUGGAGUAGCAGCCCCAAAUGACCCCGAUCAUGGCCCGCCUGUAGAUCCUGAAGUCCAGCCCUGGGAAGAGCCGGAGGAACCAGAUCCUGAGGAAGCUGCAGUAGCUGAGGCACCAGUUGAUCUUUCAGAUGAAGCGGAGCUUCCAAGGGUUCCCAUGGUUGAGUUGCUGUGGGUAGAACCUUUGCGCAGAAAAACAGAAGCGGAAACCCUCCGAGCAACCAAACGCAUCAAGGCAGCAAUCUCCCUUCUAGGACUCCCCAUUGUCAGAAUACACACAGAUGCGGGGAAGGAAUUCUGCAACAAGAGUUUCAGAGCCUGGUGCAGUGACAACGCCUUCGUGAAAAGCUGCACAGGAGCGGAUGACUUCCGUUCAAACGGACGGGUGGAAAAUGCCAUUGGGGUGCUAAAGGGUCGUGCGCGCACGUUGUUGCGGGCUGCAGACAGUGAAUGGCAGGAUUGGCCGUUUGCACUGCGGCAUGCCGCGGCCCAACAUCGCAUGUUCAAUUUCCAGCGUUUAGGCUGGAAAACUGAGGGACUGAAGCCGUUCAAUGCUUUGGUCCAUGUGCAAGAGCGGUCAUGGAGAAUCGGGGAGUGGGGGAGGAGGGCUGUUCCAGCUAGGAUCCUUGCUCCUGCGCAGGAGGUCGAGCGUGCGUACGUCGUGCGAACAGAAGAUGGAAAUCUGCGCAACGUUAAGGUUCUCUUUGGCGGCGUUCGUGAAGGGCCUCCUGUUGCUGAUGAUGCUCCGCCUGAAAGAGUCCAGGACUUGGCGUCGUUGAGCGACCCCUCGGAGCAGUUGCUAAGGUCCCCGGCUCCGGCCGGCGUAGGUUGGGGUGGUGGCGGUCCGGGGGAGCUUGCUAGGACCGGGACGAGGGCGGGAAGCAUUGGGGCUGGAGGCUGCGAUGCUCGUGAUGCUCGAGAGGAGCCUGGGGAAAGGUCUGGCGAGAACCAGGCAGAGGAUCAGCUUCGUGCUUGUGCUGAGGGCAAUGGCCCUACGGACAUGGGCUGCUGUGAAAGUUUGGAAAGUGUUGAGGGCCUUACUGUUUUUGAGGCUCCAGAGUGUGGCUUCUUUGUUGAUGCCACCUCCUGUGAAGAAGAUUCCUCUAUAGGAUGUAUGUGGGAUGGGGAGGGCUUCGAAGCCUUUGAAAAUCGAGCCCUCAACUUGAAGAUGAUGAUUGAUCGUGAGUGCGAGUUUUUGAAAAGAGAAGCCCAAACCCUUGAAGACUGUGCAGUUUCUGAAGAGUUUCUCGUCAAAGCUGUGCGCGCGUUAGGGCAGGCUCAGGAUAAAGCUGUGGAAAAGGCCCCUGAAGAAGUUGAGUUUUCCCUUUUGCCUGACUGUGAAAUCCUGAGUAGCCAUACUGUUCCCCUUCAAGAGGUGUACAAGCAUUUUCAUCUCUGGAGAAAAGCUGCUGAACAAGAGCUGCAGUCCUUGAUUGAGGAGAAGGGUGCUUUCAAACGGGCCUCUCUUGCAGAUCUAAAGCGGUUAGAGGAGCGUGGAACGAAGGUAGUCAUGGUUCCUGGGAAAGCAAUCUUCACCCGCAAAUCGGGUGGCCGUUUUAAGUGCAGAGUGGUGAUUUGCGGAAACUUUGUCCCUCAGGGUUCUGGAAACGGCGACAGUCAGGGGGAUCAAGCGUCGUUGUAUGCUGCGGGUUGCGAGGUGUCACAUGUGAGACAAAUUGCUGCUAGAGGGGCUCGAGUUGGCUGGGCAGGUUUUUUGUUGGACAUCAAAACAGCAUUCCUGAACAGUUUGUUGUUGGAUCCCAUAAAGCCGCGCACUGCCCCACCUCCAACAAUGACCGAGAACCCCGCUGAGAUUAUUGCCGUGAAACCUCCAAAGAUCCUGAUAGCGCAUGGGUUGGCAAAAAGUGAUGAGUAUUUCCUUUGCUUGAGGGCGGUCUACGGACUACCCCAAUCUCCUAGAGAUUGGGGCAUCACAAGAGAUGUCACCAUAGCAGGCAUGGAGAUCGUUGUGCCGCCCACUGACGUGACCCCAGAAGAAAUGCCAUCGCUUGAUCACUCAACCCGGGAAGCCCUGGGAAAGGUGAUGAAGUUGGUUCCCUCAGCCUCAGACUCGCAAGUGUGGGCCCUUAGAGUUGCGAAUGCAGAUUGCGAUCUUCAACCAGGCCCUGCGCUCGCGUGGAUAGCAGUCUAUGUGGACGAUAUUCUGAUCAUGGGGCCCCGGGCUGUAGCGCUUGCUGUUGUGAACAAGAUUAAGGCUGCGUGGGAGACAGGGUCAAUGAAGAAAAUUCCGCAGUUGAUCGAAGGAACAGCCUCGUUCUUUGGCAUUGAGUUUGCCUGGAGGGGAAAUCAGCUGAUUUUGGGGCAACAGGGGUAUAUUCAAGAUCUCAUGAAACGGUACCCGCAUGUGAAACUGCAAACCACUCCGUUGCCGCCCGGAAAUUUCGAAAUCCCUGAACUGGCUGUGGAGGAGAAAGACCCAAACGCACUCCGCGCGUGCCAGACGUCUCUCGGAGAGAUGCUCUGGAUUGCUACGCGUACCCGGCCCGAUCUUAUGUAUGGCGUGAGCAAAUUGGCCUCAGAAAUGUCGCGCAACCCAGUGGCCACAUUACCGUACAUCGAACAUCUACUAGGGUACUUGUUCAACACAGUCGAUGUAGCGCUAGUGUAUGGCCCCAAGGUCCCCACCUUAGGUGAGUCUGGUAGUGUAGCGACAGUCUCAGGAGCCAAUGUUUUAGAGGUCCAUACCGACGCGGGCUUCGCCCCGCUAGCCGGACGAAGCCAGGAGUGCGCUAUACUCUUUCAAGAGGGAGCUAUUGUGACCUGGCUGUCCAGUAAGCAACCAUUUACGGCCCAGUCCACUGCCGAGUCAGAACUCUUAAGCACCAUGACUGGGUUCAACGUAGGUAGGGCCCACCAGCUGUUAGCAAGUGAGCUGUGCGGAGGUGACGUCCGCCUUGUGGUGCUCAACGAUAACCAAGCUUGCCUACAAAUCAUUCAAGUAGAUAAUGCAUCCUGGCGGACUCGCCACUUGAGAAUCAGGGCAGCAGCUCUGAAGGAACAAUAUCUUGCUGACCAGGUUGUGGUUGGGUAUGUCUCAAGCUCCAGAAAUGGAGCAGACCUCGGGACAAAGUCCGUUCCAUUGCAGCGACUUCAGGAGUUGAUGCAAGUGUUGGGGCUGGGUUCCUUGAAGGACCAAGGCACAUUGUCCCCCGCACCUGUCGCUAAUCAGAGCGGAGUCUCCGUCAGCCAAAGGGCAUUGGUUUCAGUGGUGCUGUUGCUGUGCGCGACAGAGGCCGAAACAGUCAGGACUGAGCCUGAUCUGAGUUCGGAAAGGGAGUGGGACUUCACUAUCUUCGUAUGCAUGGUUGCGGUGUGCAGCAUUGUUGUUUGGGAAGCCUUGAAGUGGUUGCUCAGGAAGGGAAUUUGGACUUUUUGGGUUAAGUUAUGGGGAAACCGUGACAUCGAAGAACCCGAAGCAGAGCUAGACACACUCAGCGAAGUGCAGCCUGAUCAUGAGGAUGAUCUUCGAGAGCUUCCCCAAAUAGGCCCACCAAUCCCUCGCCCCCAUGAAGAGCCCGAACGACAAAUUGCUCAGAUGCCAGUCCCGCAAGAGGUGAUAAGGUAUGUAGAUGACGAGGUGUUAAUCUUCGCUGAGAGGGCACAAGCUCAAGAGUUUGAAAGGCUCACGGGGGUUGGGGCUAUUGAGGCCGGACUUCGAAAUCGGAAUCUAGGCCAACGCAUUUACCGAGAAGAACCAGAUAUUGAACCACCAGAGGCUCCGCCUUUGCCGCCAAGGCCUGUACAAAGGGCAGACAGCGAAGGGGUUCACCGCGAGGCGGACGCCCGAAGUCAGCGUGAACAGAUUGCUUUUCCUCAAGCACCUCUGAGACCUCAUCUAGUGUGGCCAGUUCCUGUACAGCUUCCGAACCACGAGGUGCUGAGAACAGCUAGCCCUUGGGGAGGACCUUUGAGUGCCGUCUUCCAAGUCCCUCCAGCAGGAGUCCGAGAUCACUUCAUCUACGACGCUCACCGCCGUCCAAAUGUCUUGAUCCGGUGGCAUGGGAUGCCGAGAUUGCGCUUGUUCUGUCCGUCAGACGCGCGCCUACCAGAGGUCAUUCGAAGACAAUCCUUGACGGGCAGAAGGAGGACGCUGAUCGUUCAUGCUGACGGUCGCACCGAACUCCGCGAUGAUCGUUUUGAUGAUCCCACCAACGCAAGGCAUUGCUAUGACAAUGCUUGGCGUGGAAGAACCGAGCUUGAAUUGCGUCCAGAACAGAAUGAGUGA